AUGCAAUCACUUGAGGAAUUCAUCAACAGCAGCACUCUUCAGCCAACGGAUGAAAAUGACACUGAUUUCGAAGAACAGUUUAAAUCGGACUUCAUGCAAAAAAUCGAGUUCAAGGAUGGGAACUAUUCGGUUCCGUUACCAUGGAGACCAGACCACGCGGAACUACUCACUAACAGAAGGGAAUGCGAAGCCAGGCUACGUCAAGUCAUGGCAAGAUUACGUAAGUUAAACCUUCUCAACAACUACACCCAAGUAAUGCAGGAAAACCUGGACAAGGGUUUCAUCUCAGAGGGCAGCCCAGAUGACUGUGACACCGGCCACUAUUUGCCUCAUUUUCCCGUACUCCGUGACAGUGAAACAACCCCCCUGAGAAUCGUUUUUGACGCCAGUAGUGGUAGCCCAUCGCUCAACUCAUGCCUUUAUGAAGGACCUAAUAUGCUUCAGGACCUAACUGAACUGAUCAUGCUCUUUCGGACCAAACGGAUUGGUCUGUCCGCAGAUAUCGCUCGUGCCUUUUUAGCUGUGCAUUUGUUAGAAUCGGAGAGGAAGUGGGUUAGAUUCCUCUGGUAUAAAGACAAUGAUGUCUCGAAAGAACUGAUUCCUUAUCACUGUAACACUGUCAUAUUCGGAAAUGUUUCCAGCCCCUUCGCCCUCGCUAUCACUCUGCACAAGCAUCUGUCUAGUUACGAUACCCCAGUUGCCAAGGAUAUGAAAACAAAAUUCUACGUUGACAAUCUGUUAACCGGAGUCGAUUCGAAUCAGGAAGCAUUGGAUUACUUCCAGGAGUCUCGUGAGAUCAUGAACCACGCGUCUUUCAAUUUGCGUCAAUGGAGUUCAAACUCGGAAACACUCGAUGAAAGAAUCAGAUCGGAAGGAGUACAAACAAAAUCUGACAUUGUAGGGGUACUUGGACUGAAAUGGGAUACCAAAUCUGAUCAGAUUUCAGUCGCGAAAAAGGAUCUCAAAUCAUCAGGAGAACUUUCAAAACGUAAAGUAACAUCUCAGACCGCAUCAAUCUUCGACCCGCUCGGAAUUGUAGCACCGCUAACAGUCCCUGCUAAGUCUUUCGUGAACAACCUGUGGAGAGGCCAAAAAACCUGGGAUGAACACUUAUCAAUCACCGAACGGCAAGAAUGGGAAACAAUCAAACAGGAGUCCCUCUCUCUCACGCACAUGCUAUCUAUACCCCGUUGGCUAGGGGGUGACACCAGCAAACCGUUACAAAUCGUAGUAUUCUGUGAUGCAUGUCCCACCACCGCCAUUGGUUGUGUCGCUUACGCUAAACAGAACAAUAAAGUCGCCCUCAUCGGCUCUAAGAACAAAGUCAUCUCAGAGAAAAAUGUCAAUUUCACAGUCCCUAAGCUUGAACUGAUGGCCAUGGUCUUGGGGGUAAAUUAUGCAGAGAACUUGCGAAAUACCUACAUCACGCAGUAUCAGACAAUCGAAGUGGUAUACAGCACUGAUUCAGAGAUAGCGCUUUAUUGGCCCAGAUCCAAUAAAAAACUCAAACAGUUUGUUCACAACCGCGUGCAAACAAUACGUCAGAAGUCAGACUUGACUCCUUGGUACCAUGUGUCAACCAAACAAAACGCUGCAGACAUCUUAUCACGUGGUGCGACACAUCAGGAAUUGAAGGACUCUUCAUGGCUGCAGGGACCAAAAUGGCUCAAGGAUGAUAAAACCACGUGGCCUUUAACCGCACUUUCCGACCUAACAUUGAACAGUUCCGUCUCUCUGACAGCCGCGUUUGAAAUGCAAAAUGACUUCGUUGUUACAAGCAUGGUCGCAACAACACCUGUCGCAAGUAUCAGCGACGUUAUAGCACAGGACAAGUUCAGUUCAUGGAAUAGACUUCUGAGAAUUACCGCCUUAGUAUCACGCGCUUUCAAACCCGGACUCAAAAACAGGAAUAAACUGUCUGCACAAGAUAUCGCUAACGCGGAAGAAAAAUGGAUUACAAAUCUUCAAAACGAAUACUAUAAGCACGUUACGGAUUACUUGAAGUUAGAACAAAGUGGAAGGCAUAAGCUGCCUUCUCGACCCACAAUCAUCAGUCGAUUAGGGCUCGUUCUUGACAAAAAAGGAACAAUUCGUUGCGGCGGGAGGCUUACUAAUUCAGACGUCAGCUCAGACAGGAAGUACCCAAUUCUCCUGCCAAAUCAAUCCUACACAACAACGUUAAUCGUCCGGAACGCCCACCACAACGUGGUACACUACGGCUUAGGGUCCACCAUGGCUUAUCUUCGGGAGAAGUAUUGGGUCACAUCAAUGCGCUCAACCGUUAAGAAAAUCAUCGGACAUUGUGUAAUCUGUAAGAAAGUGUCUGGGCGUCCAUAUCUGACUCCCAUCGCACCACCACUGCCAGACUUUCGGAUUAACGACUUGUCAGCUUUCAAGUCCACUGCUGUAGAUUUUACAUCACACCUCUACGUACGAAUUAAGGACUCGAUGCAAAAAGUGUACGUUUGUCUCUUUACGUGUUGCACCACGCGAGGCAUACAUCUUGAAAUCACGCCGGACUUAACUGUUGAAUCAUUUCUAAGAGCUUUCAGACGUUUCACUUCAACACAUUCAGUGCCUAGCCUCAUUUACUGUGACAAUGCCAAAACGUUUACAAGCGCCGACACCGAGCUGAAACGGCUGUACAACAUUGUGGGAACAGAACAAUUCCAAAACCACCUGUAA